AUGAGUAGGCAGCUUCAACCCAGAAGAGCUCUGGCCUUUCCAUAUAGUUAUUGCUACAGACUUGACAAUCAGGAUGAAGUGAACCAGAACUACUUAGCAGAUGAAGAGGAAGAAGCAGAAGAGACUUGGCGGAUGGUGAAACUGAGGCUUAGAGAGGGUCUGACCUUAGUCAUUUACAUCUUUUUCUUUGCCUCCCUGGCUGCUGUGAUCACCCUCUGCAUGUACACACUAUUUCUGACCAUCUGUCCUUACAUGCCGACCUUCACUGAGAGGGUGAAGCCUCCUGGAGUUAUGAUCAGACCCUUCACCCAUAGCCUUAACUUCAACUUCAAGGUUUCGGAACCUGACACUUGGCAACAUCAUGUGAUUAGCCUAAAUGGCUUUCUGCAGGCAUCAUCAUAUACAUUUUCAGGAACAAAUGAAUGGCUUUUUGAGAAGUCCUUCCACAGGGCGAAAUCUGAGAGAGGUGAUGAAAACAACAUCCGAUCUAUCAAUUACCACCCAGAGUCGGCUUCUUUUGACCUCCACUAGUACCCUUACUACGGCAAACUGACUCACGUAAGCCUGUCAUACCCACUGGUGGUAAUGCACUUUGCAGAUGUGGUGAAGAACAAAGCCAUGCCUGUGCAGUGCCAACUGAAGGGCAAAGGCAUCACAAAUGAUGUCAUCAAUGAUCAUUUUGUGGGUAGGGUUAUCUUUACUUUGAACAUAGAAACCUAA